AUGGACGACCGAACCUACCACGUCCCUCGCCAGGUCGGGCCCAACAUCUUCCCAGCCCAUCCAUUCUUCAACCGCCUGGUCAGAUUUGCACACGCCGUACCACCACGACUAUGCGUAAGGGACGACAACACCGGUGUCGAGGCAACUCAUGUCCAACUACUCACAGACGUCCUAGCUUUUCGGGAACGAGUACUGGCAUCACUAUCUCCGGCGGUAAGACAGCAGCUGGACAAUCGAGAGGAAGUGUACAUCGCCAUCUUAGCCGCUGGAGGCUAUGAGUACACCGUCGCCACGCUUGCGGCACUGGCAGUUGGGGCAGCGGUUGUCCCGAUGACUGUCGCCCUUCCGCCUGAAGAGGCGUUGUACUUCGUCACGAAGUCCAGGGCCGUCUCUGUGCUCUGUUCUUCUGCUGCAAUGGAGUUAGGAAAGGCGGUGGAGAAGUUGGUUAAAGGCCAGGAUUCUGGAAGCUCGUUCACUUGUUUGAAUGUGGCGCCCUCGCUGCAUAACACGCCGCUUCAUCCGAGCGAGAUCAAGAUGUCGUCUGAUCAGUAUCUUUCUGACAAUGCGCCGGGUGUUGUGAUCUUCACUUCAGGAACGACCGGCCCACCCAAAGGCGCCGUCAUGCGCCGCGGCUUCAUCCACGACACCGCCCUAGCAGUCGCAGACCACUACAACCUCGGCCCCUCGGACACAAUGCUGCACCUCCUCCCCGUCCACCACGCCACCGGCAUCGGCCUCAACUUCUUCCCGGGCCUGAUCUCCGGCUGCGUGCUCGAAUUCAAAAGCGGCUCCUUCUCUGCCGAAUGGACCUGGGAGCGCUGGCGGCGAGGCGGCAUCACCGUCUUCUCCGGCGUGCCGACGAUUUACAUGCGGAUGAUGCGGUAUUUUGAGCAGAAACUGGCGUCCAAGGCGAAUGUGACGGAGUACCUGCAGGGCGCGAGGGAGAUCAAGGCGUGUUUGUGCGGGACGUCGGCGUUGCCGAAGCCGAUUGCGGAUUUUUGGGCGCAGAUACUCGGGAAGCGGAUUGUGUUGCGGUAUGGGGCGACGGAGUUCGGGGCGGUUUUCAAGGUCCGGCUUGGGGAUGAGAAUGUGCCGGAUGGGUCAGUGGGGAAUCUGUUCGCCGGCUGUGAUGUGAAGCUUCGGAAUGAGGAGACUGGUGAGGAUGGGAAUGAGGGUGAGGUGAUUGUCCGCUCGGGCGCUGGUGAGAUGUUCUCCAAGUAUAUCUGGGAUCCUGACGCCACUGCGAAAGCGCAUACACCGGAUGGCUAUUAUCGUACUGGUGACAUCGCCAGAGAAGAGAACGGCUACUACUGGAUCCUUGGGCGAGCUUCAAUCGAUAUCAUCAAGUCUGGAGGCUACAAGAUAUCAGCGCUGGAUAUUGAGCGGGAGAUACUGGCAUUGCCGUAUGUCGCCGAAGUAAUGGUUGUUGGAGUGGCUGACCUCGAAUUCGGAGAGCGAGUCGCGGCUGCGGUUGUUCUCAAAGAGCCAGAAGACCAGAAAGAUGAGCCCAUAACGAAUCUGAGCCUAGAGAAACUCAGACAGGACUUGCGAGCCCGGUUGGCAGGGUACAAGAUGCCUACGAUCUUAAGGCUGAUCAAAGGCGAGCUCCCAAAAUCAGGUACGGGAAAGGUAGUGAAGAAGGUGCUCGGCCCGCAGUUCUUUCCCAAGAACUAUCUGGAGAUGAAGGAGGUUCAGGCCUGGACACCGCAGGAAGUCCAAAAGGCCAAGCUGUGA